AUGACCAGGCUCUUCCAGUACAGAGGUCCCAGCAGAACUGGAGGCCAGAAGGCCGGCGCGGAGUCAAGUGGUGCCGGGGAGACCUCAGCCCUUCUUGGUGGCCCCGUGCCACGCCGCUGGCGCCCGUGGUGCUGGGCAGAUGGUGGACACUGGCAACGUGCUGGCACCGUGGCGUGGCUGAGCCUGGGCUACCCUGUGGUGGUGCUGGCCCAUGGACUAGUGUGUGUCACCGCGUGGCUCCUGGUCGUCCUCAUCCCCGUGGCCAAGCUGAGUGCCCGCAUGGCCACCCGUGUCCUCCUGCUGCCCCCGGAGAAGGUCCUCGUCCGGCGCCUGAAGAUGACCGAGGUGCCACUGGAGGGGGAGGUGAUCCUCUGUUGCUACCGCGCCGUCAACCCCUACUACUACAAGUACGCCGUGGAUGGCAUCAACGUCUUCGCUGUCAACCUGCUGCCGUUGGUGCUGGUGACGCUGGUGUUGGGCUACGUGGACAGUCACAACCACCUGACCAGCUCCCCCGUCAAGUUCACGUUGGCCCUACUCUCCAUCAUGCCUCUCUCCUACUACAUCGGGAUGGCCAUCGCCAGCAUCUCGGCCCAGAGCAACUUUGCGGUGGGAGCUGUGGUGAACGCCACGUUUGGCUCCAUCACGGAGCUCACCUUCUACAUCACGGCCCUCAUCAAGGGGACACGUGAGGGCAACCGCUGCUACGCUGAGAUUGUCAAGUCAGCGUUGACAGGGACACUGGUGGGCUGUGUCCUCUUCGUCCCGGGUCUAUGCAUGGUCAUUGGGGGCAUCCGGCACCAGGAGCAACGGUUCAACAGCCGCUCGGCGGGCGUCAGCUCGGCCCUGCUCUUCCUCUCUGUGGGAGGUGUCUUUGCCCCGACGCUCUUCUCCAAGGUGUAUGGGAAGCUGGUCUGCGGCGAGUGCCACAACGUCACCCAGAACCCCCUGGGCCACUACCUCUGCCACAACUGUCACUUUGACCUGAUGGAGAACAAUGGCACCCUCUACUACAGUCACGUCCAACCACUGGUGUACACCGUGUCCCUCCUUCUCCCUGCCGCCUACCUCAUCGGCCUCUUCUUCACCCUGAAAACUCACUCGCACAUCUAUGACAUCCACAUCAGCGGCUGCCACAUGCCUGGCCACCACCACAGCGCUGUGGUCCACUGGUCUCGCUGGCGGGCCCUGGUUAUCCUCCUGCUUUCCACCCUCUGCAUGUCAGCCUGUGCUGACCUGGCCACGGAGCACAUCAGCCCCAUCCUCACCAACUCCACCAUCUCACAGUACUUCAUUGGUGUCACUGUGCUGGCGAUGGUGCCUGAGCUGCCAGAGAUAGUCAACGGCAUCCAGUUUGCCCUGCAGAACAACCUCAGUUUGAGCAUCGAGAUUGGGAACUGCAUCGCCGUCCAGGUCUGCAUGCUCCAGAUCCCCAUCCUGGUGCUCUUCACCAUCUUCUACCCCACCAACUUCACACUUGUCUUCAGCGACCUCCAUGUCUAUGCCAGCAUGUUCAGCGUGGUGCUCAUGAACUACAUCUUCAUGGAUGGCAAAUGUGACUACUUCCAAGGCACGGUGCUGGUGAUGGUCUACUUCAUCCUCCUGGCUGUGUAUUUCUUCGCCCCAUCACCCAGUGGUUGCUGAGGUUUGGACUCCGCGUUCUUCAACCUUCUUGUUGGGCUCAGCGCCCGUCAAGGUGUUAUCUGGUGUCUCAGGGACUUGGCUGGGCUGGAUCCAGUCUGGAAGCAUCAUUUGCUGAAGCUCCUGCUGCUGCCUGGCUCCCCCAGUGGGGUGCCAGUGGAGCUUCAGUGAUGGGAAGGGUGGUGGUGAUGGAAGCACUCCUGAACCAAGAAGGAGCCUCAAGACCAGAGCACUUCACAGAGGUAUUUCCAGCCCACGCUUGUAUGGUUGGAAGGAAAAUUGUCCCCAGUGGAGGGUCUUGAAGGGAAUUUCUGUGUGGUCUUGAGGACGGACUCCUCCCUUGGGAUAUGUUGCACUGGGAGAAAGUGCCUGAGAAGAGCUUCUUGACCUUCCAGGUAGUAGGUGAUCCCUGGCCUGGGAGGAAUUUGGGUCUGGGGAUCACACAGGGCUUCUUGAUGGUACUAGAAAUGCACCAAAAGGUAUUUUUCAGCUGUUUUGUCAUUAAAGCAGUUUUGUACGAA